AUGGACUCGUUCACGGAAGAAGCGAUUAGAGAAAAGCGUGAGAGAACAGUCUCUAAGAUAUCGCGCACUAAGCCGAAAAUUACAGAGAUCUUCGCAUCCAAGGUGCUCAGCAACGAUUGUGACAAGCUCCGGACUGAGGUGGUCAAUGUUUGCGGACAUAUUGAGCGUAAGGCAAACACCUGGGGCCUGUCGGGGUGUGAUCAGGGAGCGAACGCCGAUGAAGGGCACAUGUACGUGUAA